GGUCUUGCGACUCCUGCCAGAGGAAAGGAACGGUAGACCACCAUGCGUCUGUCCCUGUCUGUUCCUUUGAUCUUCGGUGCUCUGUUGGCUUCUGCGACGAGCCAGACUCCCUCUCGCACUGUGAAGCGUGACGACUCGUCAAAGUUUGUUACGACUUCUAAUGGCCAGUUCCAUUACAAUGGACAAGACUUCCGCUUUGUAGGAACCAAUGCCUAUUGGCUUCCCACCCUCAACGAUGAGGAUAUUGCGAAUACAUUGGGUAAUAUGUCUGCGGCAGGAAUCAAAGUCGUCAGAGUGUGGGCCUUCAAUGACGUUGAAGCUCCCACUGACGAGGGUAUAUACUUCCAAACCCUUUCCAAUGGAAUUGGCACUAUCAACGACGGUCCCAACGGCCUUCAGCGACUGGACAAAGUAAUAGAGCUUGCUGAGAAGGCGAACAUGUGGGUUAUCCCAUCCCUGACCAACAACUGGUUCCCGACUGUCGACAACACUCCGUCGCGUCGGUGGGCGACCGACACACCGCGCAAUUAUUUGUCCAACGAUUACGGCGGUAUGGACGCAUACGUCAAGGCCUUCAUCGGCGCGAAUGGCAACCACGAUGAAUUUUACACAAACGAGAAAAUCCUCAAUGCAUUCACGAAUUACACGACCCAGAUUGUAUCUCGCUACGUCAAUAGCCCCGCAGUAUUUGCCUGGGAGCUGGCCAACGACCCGAGGUGUUAUUCUACUCUCACUGCGAGCUCUUCCUGCACUCCGCAGACCAUUACGCAGUGGCACUCUACUGUCGCUCAGCACAUCAAGUCGGUAGACCCCAACCACCUUGUCAGCUCCGGCAACCAAGGCUUCUUCUGCGUGGACUGUCCCAAGUUGUUCCCCCCAACCACGCCUCCGCCCCAAACCUCUCCAGCCCCGGGUGAGAAACGCCGGAGCGUUCAGCCCUUGUCGAAGUCGAGGCUGUUCCUUGAGCGCCAAGAGGCAAGGAAGAGGACUAGGGAAGCCAGGAAGAGGUCAGGUUCCGCUGAGCCGAUUGCCAUGAAGAUUCGUGGAAGGUGGGGCGCCGUAGCUGCGAAGCGCCAGAGCUCUAGCACUGCGUCCGCGUUCGACGGAUCUCAGGGUGUCGAUAGUCAAGAUAUCUUGAACAUCCCUGAGAUCGCGUUCGGCACUGCUCAGCUCUUCCCUGACCAGGAUCAAUACGCCGUCGACGGCUCAAUCACUGCCGAUGACUACGACGCGCUAGUCCAAGAGGGUAUUAGCUGGAUUCAGCUCCAGGCUCAGUCCGCGAAGACGUAUAACAAGCCGGUGUUCCUGACCGCGUUCGGUCUGGUCUCUCAGAGCAAUGCACCGUAUUUUGUCCCAUUCAACAACACGGUGCCCGUCAGCUCUGGGCGGACAUUCAUCACCGAUCAGCAACGUGACGAGGCAUAUGUCCAGUGGCUGAAUGCUGGCUACACUAGCGGAUUGAGCGGCAUGGUCCAAUAUCAGUGGGGUCAAUCGAACCUGAAUGCGAAGGCGGGGGCGUCACCAUCUAGCGCCAAGUUCCGCCGUCAAGGAACUUCCAACCCGAACUACAACUACUCACCCCAGUCACCCAACGACGGUUACUCGGACCAAGGCGCUCAAUGGGCGUCGGAUGUCGGAGGCUCGAUGGGCUGGCCUAGUCUCAUGGAUCAGCUGGCAUCGCUUCUACACUUCUGAGUGACGCACGCAAAAUUGUACGGUAGGCGUUUGACGACGGAUUGGGCGUGGACCACCUGAUUUAAUUUACUUGGGCAUGGACUCGUGUAGCCAUGACUGGGAUGACGAACGUUCGUAUAGCUUACCUACGUAUUAAUACACAUUUGUUACCGUACGAGGCAUCAUGGACUGUCGAUAGACAAUCGUAGUGGGAGUUGAUAGGGGACGGUGAUUGGUAGUCGUUGCUUGAAGACAUCAGUGCGUUUGC